ACAGAGCUCCCGUGCUCGAGUUGUUGCCAGGCGAACUGCAGAGCAGUGAUCACCGGGGAUAUGGCGUCGGCGGCGAGCGAUGGGACGGCGAGGAGGAAGACGGCGUGCGUCACUGGAGGCAGCGGGUACAUCGCAUCGGCGCUCGUCAAGAUGCUGCUGGAGAAGGGCUACGCCGUGAAGACCACCGUCAGAAACCCCGAUGACGCGGAGAAGAACGCGCAUCUCAAGGCCUUGGCAGCGCUCGGCCCCUUGGAGGUCUUUCGCGCCGAUCUGAAUGAAGAGGGCAGCUUCGACCACGCCGUUGCCGGCUGCGACUACGCCUUCCUCGUCGCGGCUCCGGUGAACCUCGAAGCAGAAAACCCUGAGAAAGACGUGAUCGAGCCGGCCGUCUACGGAACCCUGAACGUGAUGAGGUCGUGCGUGAGAGCGGGGACGGUGAGGCGCGUGGUCCUGACGUCGUCGGCGGCCGCGGUGUCCAGCCGGCCGCUGGAAGGCGAUGGCCAUGUCCUUGACGAGGAAUCCUGGUCCGACGUGGAGUUCCUCAAAUCAACAAAGACCGGUCCUUGGGCGUACCCUGUGUCGAAGGUGCUUCUGGAGAAGGCGGCGUGCGCGUUCGCGGAGGAGAACGGCAUCAGCCUCGUCACCGUGUGCCCCGUCGUCGUCGUCGGCGAGGCGCCGGCGGCGGAUGUCCUCACCAGCGUCGGACACGUCCUCUCCCUGCUAUCCGGCGAUGAUACGAGAGUCGGCAUCCUGGAACACAUUCAGAGGGCGUCGGGCUCGAUCCCGAUGGUCCACAUCGACGACCUCUGCCGCGCCGAGCUGUUCGUCGCCGAGGAGGAGGCUGCGUCGGGGCGGUACAUCGUCUCCAGCGUCAACACCACUGCCGUGGAGCUAGCCCGGUUCUUGGCUGCAAAGUACCCGCAGUACAACGUCGAUACAGAUCGGUUCGGCGAUCUCCCCGAGAAGCCGAGAGUGUGCGUUUCGUCGGCGAAGCUCGUCAAGGAAGGGUUUGAGUACAAGUACAAGAACCUGGAUCAGAUAUAUGACAACGUCGUCGAGUACGGAAGGGCCUUGGGAAUCCUUCCUUACUAAGUACUAUGAUCGAUCUUAGAGUCAGAGGAUGCGCUUGGAAGCAAAAUAAGCAGAGUCUCCUAAAGUACACAAAUGAUGAAAUGUGGGUGUUUAGUUUAUAUUUUUCUUAUUUUUUAAGAAAAGGAGGAUGACCCCCGGCCUCUGCAUCUGGAAGAUGCAUACGGCCACUUUAUUGAUUAUU